AUGGAGGCCUCCUACAAGUUCGGGCCCUACAAGAUCGACGCCAGGGAGGUCUUCCAUGCCACGCCCCUCUCCUACGCCAUGCGUGAAGUGAAAAGAUUCGCUGAUCUCAGUUCUGAUGAGACAAGCGACUUAUGGGUUACUGCAAAGGAAGUCGGUGUACGUCUUGAGCAGUACCAUAAAGCAUCUUCACUUACCUUUGCUAUUCAGGAUGGUCCUGAAGCUGGCCAAACAGUUCCACAUGUCCACAUUCAUGUCAUCCCGAGGAAGAAAGGGGAUUUUGAGAAAAAUGAUGAAAUAUAUGAUGCGAUUGAUGUGAAAGAGAAAGAAUUGAAGGAGAAGCUUGACCUGGACAUUGAGAGGAAAGAUAGAAGCAUGGAAGAAAUGGCUCAUGAGGCCAAUGAGUACCGUGCUCUUUUUUCCUAG